AUGUGGAAAUAUGUAACUCGCCGCAUCCGAGAUGCUUUAGAAAAGAGUGUGAAUCAUUUUGAUAAACGAAGUUCUACUGGGAUCGUUAAUUCAGCUGAAAAAGAUAAAGUUGUACAUAAUGGUGACAGCAAUAGUUCAUCAAGCUCCUUGGAUGAUGACCUGGGAGAGGUUUUAAAUUCUAUAGAGAAUAGACUUGGCUUGGCAGCAAUUGAAAAUGGUCAACAUCAGGAUGGUCUCAAUUUGUUAAGGUCUGCUGCAAAUCGUAAUCAUGCCCCAGCUCUGUUUAAUUUGGGUUUAUGCUACGAAAUUGGCUUGGGAGUAGAUAUUGAUGAAAAAAUGGCAAUGGAGCUGUAUCGCCUAGCUGCUGCCCAACAGCAUCCUGGUGCUUUAUACAACUUGGGAAUUUAUUAUGGCCAAGGCCGGGGCGGACUCAUUCGUGAUACUGCAACUGCAAAGCGGCUGCUUCGUUUGGCUGCCGUGCAAGGUCAACAGGAUGCUAUCACAGCACUGAAGGGCCUUUGUGAUGACAUAACAGAGCAAGUACACGAAGAUGAUGUGGACAAUUGGACAAAGCCAAGUACCAUUUAUCCUCAAAAUGAAAACAUUGUACCAACACAAUCAGUUCUUUUUGUUGAAAAUAAUAUAAACGGACAAAACUAUAACUUUGUUUAU